GGGAGCGCACGUGUCUGUGUCGCGGUCCGCUUUAGAAUUCUUUCGUGAAAUGUGAUGUUUGAAAUGUUUCGGUGUUACGUAAAUAAUGUGAUUUGAUUAUGAAUGUGUGAGUGACGCUUUUAACAAUGGUCGUGUUAUUUUUUAUAUCUGUAUUUGUUGCUCGUACCAUGUGCCAUACGAUCACUCUACUUGAUGUGCCUCGCUGGGCCGACCCAAGGAUUGAUGCAGAACUGCGGUGUCAGUACGCACGACAGCCAGGCGAUCCUUCUCUGCACUCGGUCAAGUGGUACAGGGGCAAACACGAGAUCUUUAGAUAUACACCUCAAGAGUACGAAACCAGAGCUUUCAACAGUACGGGGAUAUCGGUCACGAAUAAUUCGUGUGACUCCUUCGUCUGUGUUAUAUCAGUGCGACCAGAGCCCGGUACAGCCAUAUAUACCUGUGAGGUAUCGAGCGAAGGCCCUCGGUUCGCUGUUGACAGAAGAUCAGCAAAUAUGACGCUGUCUGUCUUACCAGAAUACGAGCCUCUGAUCACCGGUCUGCCAACCAUCGUGCAAGCUGGUGAGCAGGCGUUCGUCAAUUGUACAUCAGACUACUCGCUCCCACCAGCCACGAUCGACUGGUAUGUGGAUGCAGAGUUGCAAGAGGAUCCAGUGAUCACCGGUCGCACGCAUGUCUCCGGGGCCGACGGCGACGGGCUGCAGGCGUCCUGGCGCACCCUCCACGUGUACCCGGACGACUAUUCGACGCACCGCGGGUACCUCUCGCUGGAGUGCCGCGCCACGGUGCCCACGCGGCCCACUAACGUACGGAGCAUGGCUGUGCGUUUGUUCGUCGCGAGCCGCCCGCACAUAUCGUCUUAUAUGCUAAGUAAAAAUAGUGCUGUGUCGAGGAGUAGUGCGAUAAGAUACAAAACUGGCAUGUGCAUAUGGACGAUAUUUCUAUUGGCGAGAAGACAAGUGCCUUUACUAGUGAAAUAAUGUGACUGAAAUGAACGAAUUCGAAUAGGUACAGUUGUGACGUUAAUUACGUGUUAAAUGUAUGGAUAUCAAUAUUUGACAUUGUUGUUGUUAGGUUGCUGUUAUAUUGUAUUAAUUUGUUCAAGUGCUAAUACCAGGGAGAGGUUGUUUUAAGUGAUGUUUUAUUAAAUAUUCUACUGUGCGCGUAUGUCAUAUGGAGAUAAUUAUCUCAACUAAUAUUAUAAAGUGACAUUUGUGUUUUUGUAUGUAUGUUUGGAAUGAUUUCUCACAAACAACCACUGGACCGAUUUUAAAAAUGAUUAUAGGCUAUAUAUGUACCAAGGACGAGGCCGGGGCGAACCGGUAGUAUAUUAUAGUUUAGUUCGCGCUUGUUAAUCUACCAGUUACAUUGUCAUUGUAUUGUUAUUAUAGUUUAUAGAUUAUUAGUAAAAAAAUAAUGAAGUAUUUAUGAAUUGGGGACUUAUAUAGUUUAUAACAUUAUAUUG